UGCUGUUGACUGCUGACACAUGUAAACACCCUUGAGUCCGGCUCAGGUGCUCUUUGUCUUUGUCCGUGGCUGUCAUCGGAUCAUGCUCCGGUCCUGCUGUGUUUACGGCGCAGGGAUCCUCUGCGUGCUGCUUUUAAUCGCCGGGAUUGCGAUGGCUUUGACGCACGUCUUUCAGAAGCUCAUAAACAAGACAAUAAAAGAGCAAAUAGUCCUUGAAAAUGGAACCGAGGCGUUUUCGGUGUUUCAAAACCCACCGCCGCCAGUUUACAUGCAGUUUUACUUUCUUCAAUCUGACCAAUCCUGCUGAGGUUCUGAACGGAGACAAACCCUUCGUCCUGCAGGUCGGCCCGUACACAUACAGGGAGUAUCGGCCGAAGGAGGAAGUGAAAUUUCUGGACAACGGGACCAGAGUUCAGGCUGUCAAUCCGAAGACGUACGUGUUUGAGCCCAACAUGUCACGCGGAUCUGAGGACGACAUCAUCCGAACGGUCAACAUCCCUGCUGUGACUGUGAUGGAGAAAACCAAAGAUCAAUGGUUCGAAGGCUUAGUCAGUGCCUUGAUGAAGUCAAUAGGUGUUGGUGUUUUUGGGACGUUCAGGGUCGGUGACCUGCUCUGGGGUUAUGAAGAUCCACUGCUUAAACUAAUCCAGAAAUUUAUCACAAUGGAUGACCACUUUGGACUUUUUUAUAAUGUAAGUGGGCGUGGUGUUUGCUGUCAAUCAUCACCAGAACUAGUGCAAGUUUCAUACCACUAACACUAAUUAGUAACGUUAAACUGA